CGCGGCCGGGUCAGCGGCUGCCCACUGCCGCCUCAUCAGCGUCAGUAACCACCGUGAGGGCCCAUUUGCACCGUCAGCCCCACCCGUCAGGUUCGGCCUGCCUGCGCCCCACGCAGGACCGUUCCACCCCCACCUCCCCAUCAGAGGACUGCCAUACGUCCAUUUCACCGGUCAUCACAAGAAAUAUGCCCUUGGCUUCCACAUGCCGUGGCAUCACAUCGCCCCCAACUCGCAUCCUGAGGGCACCAGGGCCAGCAGUAAUGGGCAGCAGGACCAUGUGACCACUCCCAAGCUCACGGACAUGUCGGCCAUGCAUGGUAGCAUCGUUCGUAACGGCAGCAGGAUCAUUCCCACACCGACACUUGUGCCGCUGGGGGGUUGUGAGAAAGAUGGCCUGGCGCGGGGACGACUGGGCAUCGUAAAGGGCAGCCACUGCGCACACAAACAGAGCCAACAGGUCAGCCAGUCAGUGGAUGGAUGAAGACGCAGCAUCAGGGAAUGUACGGUAUUGUGUGGGUCAUGAUGCAUGCAGGUUUGCAGUGCGUCACCGCCAAUGGUGCCCCCCCGCAUCAGGCAUCUGGACCCUGCUCCAGCUCCGGGGUCUCGCAUGCCCCGGCUGUGUGCCGAGGAGAAGGCCCCUGCAGACAAUACUAUCAUCACCACCACACAGAUGGUUAGACAGACAGACAGACAGACAGAGAGGCUGGUACGCACCCAUGGCUGUGGCUGUGUGCGUGGGUGGGGUUUCUCUUUGACAGGUUGACCAACGUGUCAGCACUGAGAUCGCAUCCUGCCUGGUCCACCCUGUCGUCCAAAGCAUGAGCCGUCUCGCCAGCCGUGCGACGCAAUCGCAGCAUCCCCCCACCGCCCCACCGCCCAUCGAUCCCACCACCACUAUCACCACCACCACUGCCAAGGAUAAGGUCAUCUUCCUCGACUUGGACGACACACUCAUCCCCAGCCACUAUGUGGAGUCGCUAGGCGUCCAUCGGCUUCUCUGUGAGUACGUGGACAAUGGCGGGGCCAGCGGCGGCCGGGCCACGUUCGGUGGGGGGCAGGGAGAGAGGGGGAGGGUGGAUGAGAUCAUCAGGGUGUUCGAGGAGACUGGUAGGGAGGCGGCGAAGGUUGUCCAGACCUGCAAGGAGGCAGGCUGGGAUCCCAUCCUCAUCAUUAACGGCAGCCAACGAUGGUCAGCUGACUGGUCCACCUUCCUCCCUGUUCAUGUCUCAUUCUGUCCUGCCUCUGUGUGUGUAUGUGUGCAGGCUGGACGCCACUCUGCAGCCCGGGGCAUUCGAGCGGCUAAGCCGCGCUCUCGCGGAUAAUAACGUGCCGGUGGUCAGCGCCCGCCAACGGGCGAGGGACAGGCUCAUCCGCCCCCAUAUGGACGCCCCCACCCAGACAAAACACGACAAGGAGGGCCACCAGGAGGUUUCGAAGGUAAACAAACGGGCCGGCACCGUAGUGAGCGUCAGUCGAGAUGGAUGGAUGGAUGGAUGUCUGCAGACGAUCGCUUUACUGGAGGAGGUGGGCAAGAGGCCCGGCAUCACCCACGUGGCCACUGUGGGGGACAAUGUGUGGGAUCUCAUGCCGGUGGAUGAGAUCAAGAGGUGACAAGAUGAUGACCAAACAAACACACCUGUCUCUGCAUGUCUCUCUGUCGCCUUUUCUUUUUGCAGACGGCGCCCUGACGUUUCGGCAUGCAAGAUACGCAUGGCGCACCGACUAGGACCGACACCUUUCAUCAACGUGAGCACCCCCUUACCCUCCACCCCGUUUCCCCACCAUUGUUUUCAUUGACUCCUCCGUGCUGUGCAGCAAUUGCGCUGCCUCAACGAAGCCCUUCCAGCCAUCUUAUCAGCCACAGAGGAGGGACGCACCCCCACAGACCACAAUUAUGUCCUGGUACGCAACGCAUCCCUCUCUCACAGAGAGAGAGAGAGUGAGAGAGAGCAAAGGAACGGGUUUUUCUUUCUGUUGGCUUGGGUACGUCUCGCUCUGCAGAGGCCGGUGGGUCCUGGCUCGGGUGGUGAGUUUGAGGCCCACCGAGAGGUCGAUGGGGUCGCACCAGGGCACCAGGAGUAUGUUGCUUGCCUACGAAAGCACCGACCAAACAGACUGGACUACACGGUGAGUACCGUACUUCUAGGUCACUCACAACCAAACCCAAGACAGACCGGCACUUAGGGCCUUUACCCCUCUGUGCACUGUGUGCUCUGUGUGUGUGUGUGUGUGCAGUGUCUCGACGAGUACAUGGACCUCAACGCGCCGCCAGACCAUCACCCCCUCCCCCCCACCGACCCCCACAAGCCGCCCACAUGCGGGAAACUCGUCAAGAGAGCCCUCGCCACCCACACCCACAGGAUGUCAAGAGGCGGGUCGGCAUGGCCCAUGAGGACGACCAACAAUGGCGUCACAGGGAGGCCUCCAUCGACAAGGCCAUCGAGGCACUCAUCGGCCAAGAAGGGCCUGAGAGCCUCAGCGACCAGGGCCAGCGCGGAGGCACAAAGCUUGUGGGAUUGGCUGGGGCGGGGAGUGGGGGUGCCGGUGGGGGCGGGUCGGCUCACCGCCGAGUCGGCAUGUCCCGUGAAGACGCCGACAGACCCGCCGAGGCCACCAAGGUGGCGACGGGCAGUGCCGUCCGCCACCCUGGUGGCUUUGUUGCGGUGCAUGUCCACCACCCGAUGGUGCACAUGGGCAUGCAGCAGCAACGACAUGCCCCAGCCACAGCCACAGCAAGGCUCGUGCCGCACAGGGGGACACUGGCCGCCGUGGGAAACAACACCAACUGGGUGAGGAAGAAAGACAUACAUUCCUUCCUUGAUAUGAAUGUGUGUGUGUCUGUCUGUGUCUUCGUGUCUCCUCUGUCGCUCCCUCAGGUGA